UUCCCGGCAUGCCUUGCAGCACCGGGGCAACUUCUGGUCGGCAGCGGUGGCGGCGGAGCGCGGCAAGAUGGCGGACGUGUUGGAUCUGCACGAGGCGGGCGGCGAGGACUUCGCCAUGGACGAGGAUGGUGACGAAAGCAUCCACAAGCUGAAGGAGAAGGCCAAGAAGCGCAAAGGCAGAGGCUUCGGCUCAGAGGAAGGCUCCAGGGCCCGAGUGCGUGAGGACUAUGACAGCGUGGAGCAGGACGGGGACGAGCCGGGGCCUCAGAGAUCGGUGGAGGGCUGGAUUCUCUUCGUCACGGGAGUCCACGAGGAAGCCACAGAAGAGGACAUUCACGACAAAUUUGCUGAGUAUGGCGAGAUCAAGAACAUCCACUUGAACCUGGACAGGCGGACGGGCUACCUGAAGGGAUACACACUUGUUGAGUAUGAGACCUACAAGGAGGCUCAGGCGGCCAUGGAAGGGCUGAACGGGCAGGAGCUGAUGGGGCAGCCCAUUAGCGUGGACUGGUGCUUUGUUCGGGGACCACCCAAAGGGAAGAGAAGGGGAGGACGCAGACGGAGCCGCAGUCCUGACCGGAGACGACGCUGAAGUCUCGCUGCCAGAGUGUUUGUUGGCAGUAACAUGGUGGAAGCUCCCUGCACAAUGCUGGGCCUGGAACAUCUCUCCUGAGCUGUCUGCGCCCCCUGGGUCUCUCUCCUGUGGGCAAGAGGGGUUUCACCCGGGAUCCUUUUUCCUACAAGAACAUCUGCCAGGCUUUCAGCUUGCGUUUCAAAUCCCCUAAGUCUUUUCUUCCAGUUCCUGUUGGGUCUCCUUGGACAAGAGACCCAGUCCGAGGGGAGCUGCGGCACGGGGCAGGGCUGGUUUGGGAAUAAGAAAUGUUACCCACAAGGUCUGAAUAAAAGUUGGGGUAUUUUUUUUUU